GUAGCGCGGGGCCAGGCAUGGCGGCGGCGGCGGCUACUGAGGGUGUCCCGGCGACCCAAAGAGAGGAGACAGCUCGAGACGAUGCCGCCGUGGAGACAGCUGAGGAAGCAAAGGAGCCGGCUGAAGCUGACAUCACUGAGCUCUGCCGGGACAUGUUCUCCAAAAUGGCAACUUACCUGACUGGGGAACUGACGGCCACCAGCGAAGACUAUAAGCUCCUGGAAAAUAUGAAUAAACUAACCAGCCUGAAGUAUCUUGAAAUGAAAGAUAUUGCUAUAAACAUUAGUAGAAACUUAAAGGACUUAAACCAAAAGUAUGCUGGACUGCAGCCUUACCUGGAUCAGAUCAAUGUAAUUGAAGAACAGGUAGCAGCUCUUGAGCAGGCAGCCUACAAGUUGGAUGCAUAUUCAAAAAAACUGGAAGCCAAGUACAAGAAGCUGGAGAAGCGAUGAAAAACGUAUCCCUGUGGAACAUUAUCUUUUUUUUUUAACAUGGAGGAAGGUUUUAUAAGACCCGAGUCCCGAGGCUGGUGACGUCAAAACUCCUCGAAAGGAACCUCUGCUGGUCGUCCCAGAAGUGUCCCAGCACUGGAGUGAGCUGGAGGACUGUGGCCAGCCCUGAACUUCUUGGGGGGCAGCAUCCCUCCGAAACUCACACUUAAAACUCCUUACCUUUUACUUGAAUGUUUCAUCAUCCACUCGGGACAGAGAGUCUCUCAAAGUUCAGGAUAAACCUGGGUUUGCCAGUAGAUCAAAUGAGAGGACCUGUUUUCUCUCACGAUGUUGAUUAUUACAUUAUUUUCUUAAUGGCUGGUUUUGAGUUUCUGUAUCAAUGGUUCUUUUUUUCUAUUAAUGAUGCUAAUGUAUUGCUAAUAAGAUCCUAAAUUUAAAAAGGAAAACAAACUUGUUCUUUAUAGGUUAUUACCCUAUGGAUUAUCACCUGUGAAUGUUAGUAAUUUACUUUUCCAUAACAUUAUAAAUAACAGAAAAUCUUUUUCUUA